AUAGUCCUAUGCUGUGAGAGGUCUGAACUCAAAUCGCCUGAGGAGAAGAUGAUCCUAGAUCAUGGUUUCCCAUGCCCUAGACCAGAGGGGGAUAACUCCUAUGUAAAGGAUCGUUGGUGUGUGUUUGAUGGCUUCAUGGUUUUUUGUCUUUGGGUAUCAUUGGUGUUACAGGUCUUUGAAAUUGCUGAGAUAGUUGAUCAGAUGUCGCCCUGGGGCAUGUUGCGAAUUCCACGGCCUCUUAUUAUGAUUCGAGCAUUCCGGAUAUAUUUUCGCUUUGAGCUGCCAAGAACAAGGAUAACAAAUAUCUUGAAGCGUUCUGGAGAGCAGAUUUGGAGUGUUUCAAUUUUCCUUCUGUUCUUUCUGCUACUAUAUGGAAUUCUAGGAGUCCAGAUGUUUGGAACUUUUACCUAUCACUGUGUAACAAAUGACACUCAGCCAGGAAAUGUAACCUGGAAUAAUUUAGCAAUCCCAGACACCCACUGCUCCAGAGAAUCAGAAGAGGGUUACCAGUGCCCACCUGGAUUUAAAUGCAUGGACCUUGAAGAUCUGGGACUAAGCAGGCAAGAGCUGGGCUACAGUGGCUUUAAUGAGAUAGGCACAAGCAUAUUUACUGUUUAUGAAGCUGCUUCUCAAGAAGGUUGGGUGUUCCUUAUGUAUCGAGCAAUUGAUAGUUUUCCCCGAUGGCGUUCAUACUUCUAUUUCAUCACCUUAAUUUUCUUUCUUGCCUGGCUUGUUAAGAAUGUGUUCAUUGCGGUCAUCAUUGAAACAUUUGCUGAAAUUAGAGUGCAAUUCCAGCAGAUGUGGGGGUCCAGAAGCAGUACUACUUCAACAGCGACUACCCAGAUGUUCCAUGAAGAUGCUGCAGGAGGGUGGCAGCUUGUGGCUGUUGAUGUGAAUAAACCUCAAGGCAGAGCUCCAGCAUGUCUGCAGAAACUGAUGAGAUCAUCAGUGUUUCACAUGUUCAUACUGAGCAUGGUGGCGGUAGAUGUCAUUGUUGCUGCUAGUAAUUACUACAAAGGAGAGACUUUCAAGAGACAGUAUGAUGAAUUUUACCUAGCAGAGGUUGCUUUCACAGUUCUCUUUGAUUUAGAAGCACUUCUGAAGAUCUGUUGUUUGGGCUUUACUGGAUAUAUUAGUUCAUCUCUUCACAAAUUUGAACUGCUGCUUGUAAUUGGAACUACUCUUCAUAUUUAUCCAGACCUCUACCAUUCUCAGUUUACAUAUUUUCAGGUCCUUAGGGUGGUUCGGCUUAUAAAGAUUUCUCCUGCUUUGGAGGAUUUUGUGUAUAAGAUAUUUGGACCUGGAAAAAAACUUGGGAGCUUGGUCGUAUUCACUGCAAGCCUUUUAAUUGUAAUGUCAGCAAUUAGUUUGCAGAUGUUCUGCUUUGUGGAAGAACUGGAUAGAUUUACAACUUUUCCAAGGGCUUUCAUGUCAAUGUUCCAGAUCCUAACGCAGGAAGGAUGGGUAGAUGUCAUGGAUCAAACUCUGAAUGCAGUAGGACAUAUGUGGGCACCAGUAGUUGCUAUUUACUUUAUACUUUAUCAUCUUUUUGCUACAUUGAUUCUGCUCAGCUUGUUUGUUGCUGUUAUUCUGGACAACCUGGAACUUGAUGAAGAUCUUAAAAAGCUUAAACAACUAAAGCAAAGUGAAGCAAAUGCAGAUACCAAGGAAAAGCUUCCGUUGCGGCUACGCAUCUUUGAAAAAUUUCCGAACAGGCCACAAAUGGUGAAAAUCUCCAAGCUUCCUUCAGAUUUUACAGUUCCAAAAAUAAGGGAAAGUUUCAUGAAGCAAUUUAUUGACCGACAGCAACAGGACACAAGCUGCUUAUUGCGAAGACUUCCUUCAGCAUCCUCCUCCUCAUGUGACCAUUCCAAAAGAUCCACAAUUGAAGAAAACAAAUAUAUUGAUCAAAAGAUAUGUGGUAUGAAGAAAAGCCUCCACCUCUACAAGUUGACAAAUUGCAGAUAG